AUGAAUGACAAAGACAGCAAGUUGUUCGAUGAGUGGUACAGCACAGUCUCUGGCGGCGUGUUUGACUUCAAAAAGGAGUUGUAUGUUUACGAGCAGGAAAAUCAACAAUCAGAGCGAGUGCACAAUGACGACGACAGGUCCAUCACAGGGACAUGGGUCAGUAUUGAGUUACUGAAGGCUGUUGAGAAAGGGUUUGUGAUUGCUAAAAUCCAUGAGGUGUGGCGUUUCCCAGACAGUUCAGAGACUUUGUUCUAUACAUUCCACACAAACUGCCACUUCAGAUCAUUCUGUGUUGAGGCGCCAGAGAAGACCAGCAGCACAAUGAGCUGCCUCUUGUUCUGGUGUUGCGGAGGCCAACAGUCCGACUCGGACACAGAGAAUAAAGCGAAUGGAGAUGAAGUGAAGAAAGGUGGAGGCAAAAUCAAGACGAAGAAAAAGUGGAGAACAAGAAAAACGAAGGGACAACAGAGAAAAGAAAAGAUAAAGGAAGUAGAAAGAGCAGAGGAAAGCCAAGCAAGCCAACAGCCAGCAGCGGGAGAGGAGGAGAGCCAUGCUCCACACGUCCCAGCAGGUCUGGUGUCUCUCAGCUUGGAGACUAUUUCCUCUGUGAUGUUAGAGAAGACGGGAGCUCCUCUACAUGAGGACCUUAAAACCAGCGAAGACAUUCCUGAAUCCAGCAGGGAUUUAACGGAAUAUUCACUGGAUCAGACUGAGGCUGAAGCCGAGGCCGAAGCCAUAAAACCACUAAUGUCCACUGACCUGGAUGAGAAAGACGCAGCUAACAUCCAACCUCUGGAGAGUGAGAAGUUGAACAUGACAGCUGCUGAAGUCGAGGCCGAGGCCAUCCAGGAGCUGAUGGACAUUCAUCUGGAUGAGACGGAGGAAAUGGUGGAGAAACAUCUGGCAGGAGACGAGAUGUUUGAGGCGACCCUCACUGACGCUGAGGUUGAAGCCGUUAAACAGCUGAUGCUCCUUUUCGUCGACAGGAUCGAAGCAGAAUCGAUGGGAUGUGAAGUGAUGGAUGUUACAGACACUGAGCCUGAAGCCCCGACGCUCACCAUGCAGGCUUAUUUGGAUGAAGUGGACACACCUGAUGACCGUCCUCUGGUAGAAGAGGAGAUCCUUGAGGUGACGGACACAGACGGUGAAGCUGAGGGGAUAAAAGAACAAAUGGACACUGACCUUCAGGACACAGAGACCGACAAUCUGGCAGGAGACGAGAUGUUUGAGGCGACCCUCACUGACGCUGAGGUUGAAGCCGUUAAACAGCUGAUGCUCCUUUUCGUCGACAGGAUCGAGGCAGAAUCGCUGGGAUGUGAAGUGAUGAGCUCUGCAGAUGCUGAGGCUGAAGCUUCUGGACUCAACAUGCAGACUCACCUGGAUGAAACUGACCCAUCUAACGACCAUCGUCUGGAUGUGGAAAAGACGUCUGAUGAAGAAGCAGAUUGGAAGACCAUUGAAAGUCUGAUGGCAGAUCUACUGAAUGAUGUCCAGAGAUCAGUUGACCACAGUCUUGGAAAUGAGAUUCCCAAGGAGGCUGAUGAAGAAGUCAAGGCUGAUGACCUUAAACUGAUGGACGUUCAGCUGGAUGAGGCAGAGACUACUGUCCAACAAGCUCUUGGAAAAGAUGUGGAAAUGACGGCUGAUCCCGAACCCAUUAAAAGCUGGGCUGAUAUCGUGGAUGAGACUGAAAGAAACAUCAACCAGUCUGCUGAAAUAGAAGACCUGAAGAAAGACGCUCCUGUGAAUGAGACCAAAACAGACCAACAUCAGAAGAACACCAGGAGAGGAACACGCGGCAAGGGUCGAACAAUAAACUAUAUAAAGGACAAAGAAGAGAGACAAAAUGAAGGACAUGAAGAGGAGAACAGCAGAAGAACAUCAGACAGAGGCAUCCGAGUGGGAGCUGUAGACCAGAGACAUCAACCAGGAUAUGGAAAGACUAGAACACAGUCUGAGAACGUAGGAACCUGUGGAAGAGCACCGGAAACUGUUCCUCAUCAGCAGAGGAGGGGACAGAGAAAUCAUUGGACACGAGAACAUCUGCAGAAGAGUCUGCAAGCCCCUCCUGAGGAGAAGAGUGCUCCACAGAAAGACAUCAGAAAGAAGGGAGAACAUCUGAGAACAUCUAGACCAGCAGAAAACCAGAGAGACAGAGGAGCCCAUUCAGUCAGACAGAGAAUGGAUGAGUCUCGCUGGAGAGGAGCUGCCCAGUGCUGGCAGAGAGAGCACAGAGUCCAGAGGAGUGACGCUCCACAACCUCCUUCACGCAACGGAGGACGUGUGAGCGAAAGAGGAAGGAGAGGACAUCCUGCUCAGUCUGCACCUUCACGCACUGACAGAAAUGACCGGACCGUGAGAAAACCGCACUGGUGGCAGCACGAUGACCGCUCUGUAGAGUCUGAUGACGGACAGACUGGAGAGAGACACCACCAUAAGAAAUACAGGAAUGAGAACAGGCAGUGGAAGAGUGGAAGAAGAACCAACACUUCAUACUGA